AUGUAUAGAAUUAUUUUAACAUUAAAAUGUUUGCUUUGGCUUCUAGGAAAAUGGGAUGUAGAUUUGACUUGGCUACCUUAUUUCUCAAAUCCAUACACAUAAUAUAAUAAUAUUAGAGAAGCAAAAUAUUUAUUAGCUAAUAACUAUAAUCCAUAUAGUACGGAUGGAAUAUUUUAGAAACCCUUGAUUGUUUAUGGAUUAGUUUUAAUUGAUAAUGACAUUAUAUUUCUGAUAGCUGAUAUUUUAGUAUGCUUUUUAAUUGUGCAAUUAUUUGGUGAAAAAUAAGGAUAUAGGAAAUCAAUUUUGUUAUUUUAUCAUUUGAAUCCAAUAAUAGUAAAAAAUGAUUAAUAUUUUAGUUUGCAAAUAUAAUUUUAAAGAAUACAAAUGUAUUCGAUCAUAUAUUUUUAUUAUUGACAAUAUUUUCAGCACUUAAAAUAAAAAUUCUAUCCCCUAUUUUAUUUGGAAUUUUAUUAUAUUUAAACCCAUAAUAUUUUAUUUUGUUAGCUGUAAUAUCUGUAAUCUUUAGAAGGGAAUCUUCAACAACUUUAAAAUUUGCUAUUAAAUUAAUAGUAUUUCUAUUUGUGUGCAUGGCAACUAUUUGUUUAUUAUUAUAUAUUUCAUAUUUAAUAACAGGGGAUUGGUAAUUUAUAGAAAAAACUUAUAUUGAUUAUUAUUUUCCUAAAGAUCAUAGACCAACAAUAGGAUUUUUAUGGGCAUUAUUUUCAGGAGUAUAUAUGAUAAAAUAUUUUAGUUAUUUUCAAAAUAUAAGUGUUUAUAUCAUGCUUUUUUUAUGUUGUUGCCUUCUUGUUAUAUUUUACCAUUAUAUAAUUUAUUUGUGAAAUACGCUAAAAGAGAGAAAGAGUAUCUUGGAUUUAUGAUUGGAGUUUCUUUGUUUGUAAUAAUUGAUAUUUAAUAUAUUAGUGUAGUUUCUUAUAUUUUCAAUAUAUUGCCAUAUCAGAUCUAGUGAUAAUAUUUAUACUUUUAUUCUAAAGAUAUGAUUGGCUAUUUAAUUCAUUACCAACAAUAGUUAUUAUUCAUGCAGGAUGCUUAAUAUUAUUUUUAGGAGGUGGAUUACAAUUAACAUGGACACAUUCUUUUACAGGAAAUCCAAAUUUUACAUUCUUUUAAGUUUUUGUUUCAUAUGUGUUUUAUGUUAUUUUGGUAUCUGAAGGAGUUAGAGAAAUGUUAAAAUUUAGAACAAUUUAAAAGAAAGAAGAAAAAGACAAGAUGAAAUUAGAAAGUGAGGAUGAAAAGAAAGAGAAUGAAUAAAGAAACAAAAAAGUAAAAGGAGAUUGA